CGCUCUUAUAAAGCGCUGCGGCUUCUCCACACACCCCCAGCACUCUGUGGAGCAGCUCAGUGCGUUGUGUGGUCAGUCCUCGGCAUCUCCCGUCACACGGAAACCUAAUCCUCCCGCCUCUCCGCCAUGGCCGAUCAGCUGACUGAAGAGCAGAUUGCUGAGUUCAAGGAGGCUUUCUCCUUAUUUGAUAAAGAUGGGGAUGGCACCAUUACCACUAAGGAACUGGGCACCGUCAUGAGGUCACUCGGCCAGAACCCCACAGAAGCAGAGCUGCAGGACAUGAUCAACGAAGUAGAUGCUGAUGGCAAUGGUACAAUUGACUUUCCUGAAUUUCUGACCAUGAUGGCAAGGAAAAUGAAGGACACAGACAGCGAAGAAGAGAUCCGUGAAGCAUUCAGAGUGUUUGACAAGGAUGGUAACGGUUACAUCAGCGCAGCAGAACUCCGUCACGUAAUGACUAACCUAGGGGAAAAACUUACAGACGAAGAGGUAGACGAAAUGAUCAGAGAAGCCGAUAUAGAUGGGGAUGGGCAGGUCAAUUACGAAGAAUUCGUACAGAUGAUGACUGCAAAGUGAAGAGUUCUCCUCAAUUUUUCCUCUAGAAGAAUCAAACUGAAUCUUUUACUUACCUCUUGCAAAAAUGUUCAUUUACUCAUUCUGUUUCUGUAUAGCAAAACUGAAUGUCAAGAAAUACCUUCUGUCCACAAAAAAAAAAUCUGCAUGUAAUGGUUGGUGGUCCUGUCCCCAAAAACGAUGAGUUUAAACAUCAGUUUUACAGUAUCUAAAUACUCGUACUACCUUUUAACAACAAGGAAACACUUAGAGGACUCCUUAAGCUCCAUUUGCUAAUGAUUACUCCACUGUUUGGGCUGGCCAGUUUUACAUGCAUGCAGCUUGACAAUUGAGCACAGUCAGACCUUUGUAUUUAAAACUAAGAUAUAAAAAAAAAAAAAAAAAAAGUUGUAAAAGCGAUUUCUGCCAUCGUUGGUGGAUUCUGUUUUCAAUUUGUAGUAUAAAUUGUCAUAGCUGGUUUACUCUAAAAUUGGUUUAUACCUCAGGAUGGUAUGCGUGAAGGAUACAGAUGUGGGAAGCCCCCCACUCUUCGAAUGUUUUUUUUUUUUUUUUGGUACCAAGAUGACGACACUACCCGAGGAUGGCAGUCUGGUUUUUAAUCUCAGUUUAACAUUUGUUUGUGCUGCCACUUGAGUGAAACAGAUGUGGAGCCGUUACAGUUCACAUUUUAAAACUGAAAAAAACAAAAUUCACUGUUGGGGGAGCAUCUUUGGACUCUCGUAAUUUUUAAAGAGGAAAAAAAAAAAUCUGCACCAGACUUGGAGACGGCGCUUUCCUAUAAUAUCUAUAGGACUUCAGCACAACGAUCAACAAGGCUGUUUGAGGAAAAAAUAAAAUCUAAAACUUAAAAAAAAUGUCCAUUCCAAGUUGUAAAUGCUAGUUUUUUUUUUGUUUUCCAAUAAAAGACCAUUAGUGUAAUAGAUUUUUAUUUUUUUCCUUUUAAUUUAUUCAUUCAUCCAUGUACAGAGCGCUUCUCGUGGCUUAGCGAUCCUUCUUGUUGCAUCCCUUUAACAUCUCCCUGUGUAGAUCUGUUGGUCUGUGACGCUUAGGACAGACUCCUCUGAUAGGGGACAGGGCUAGCCCCCCUGGCAGUGAGUGUAUAUAUUUUCUAAGUUCUGAGACUCCCUUCUUUCUCUGCAUUAACCUCUAGUCUUAAAGUGUGGCACAUGGAGAAGCCUUUAAUUUGCAUUCACAAAGCUAUUCUGAAAAAGGCACAUUUUGCCUAAUAAUGAGUUUUUAUUUAA